AUGGAACAAACAACAUUCACGGCUACAAACAGUCGAGUAGGAAUCCAAGGGUCUAUUGGAAACUAUGGAGUUAUCAACUUUAACAACGUCGGCGCUGAUCCUGAGGAUACAAAAAGAAAUAUCUUGAAGAAACUUUAUCAGUCCCUAGAGAAAAAUCAAAAAGAUUUACACCCACAUCGGGUCCCCGGAACAUGCGAGUGGUUUACCUCCCAUCCUCAAUAUCUGGACUGGAAGGCGAGGGAGUCAUCAGCAAUGCUUUGGGUAUCUGCUGACCCUGGAUGCGGAAAGUCAGUUCUUGCAAAAUACUUGAUUGACUCAAUUUUCCUACCGACGACUACAACCUGUUACUUCUUUUUCAAAGAUGGCUUUGAAGGCCAAGGGAGUGCUACUACGGCUCUAUGCUGUAUGCUAUUUCAACUGUUUCGAGCAAAACCCGGCUUGCUUUCUGAUGCGGUCGUCGAGCACCUUGAGAUAGCUGGAAAAGGAUUCACCGAUUCAUUCAGUGAGCUUUGGGAGACCCUCCUACUCGUCGCACAAAAUGAGGAAGCUGGCAAAAUCGUCUGCGUUCUCGAUGCAAUCGACGAAUGCAAGGAUAAAUCUCAGCUUAUCCGGGAACUAUACAAGUUAUAUCGCACGGAGACGGCUUUUAACCUUAAAUUUCUCGUAACGAGUCGGCCUUAUCGUGAAAUUCGCCAGGGCUUUCAUUCUUUGAAGGUCUCGGGGUCCGCGUUUCUUCAUAUAAAUGGAGAAGAUGAGAUGGACAAGAUAUCUAAGGAGAUUGAUGUUUUUACUGAAGCAAAGGUUAAUGAUAUCGGCGACAAAAUAAAACUUACGGAUAGCGAAAGAACUUUCUUAUUGGAAAGAUUCAAACGUACUCCAAAUAGAACAUAUCUAUGGGUCCACCUUACCCUGGACUCAAUCGAACACGACAUCGAGGUCAAUGUUGAGAUAACAAAGAGGAGAAUGGUCGAAGUUACUUCCGAAUUACACCUCCCAAGAACCCUUGAUGAAGCAUACGAGGGUAUUCUAUCUCGGAGCAGCAAUCCUGAACAAGCAAAACGGCUACUACAAAUUGUAGUUGCCGCAGCACGGCCUCUAACUCUAGACGAGAUGUGCAUGGCACUGACUCUUAAUGAUGAUCACCAUUCCUACAAGGACCUUGAUCUCACACCAGAAAGGCGUUUUCGUGAUGAUAUACGUGACCUCUGUGGUCUGUUUGUAACGGUUCUCGACUCGAAGAUAUACUUGUUCCACCAUACGGCGAAGGAAUUCUUAGUUCAGAAAAACCUAGCGGCAGAUCCCGAGCCCGCAGAAGGCGACCUUAAAUGGAAACACUCGAUUCAACUACAAGAGUCUCACCGAGUUCUUGUUGAUAUUUGUAUCCAGAAUCUGCUCUUCACGGAUCUCGAAACCCAUUAUCUUGGGAAAGCAGUUCUGAUACCCGAAUAUCUACCAGGGAAAAUCUUUCUUGAAUACUCGGCUACACACUGGAUGACCCAUUUGCACGGGUCACAAAUUGAGCAAGAGAAAAUUGAUUUGAUCCUGAAGCUAUGCGAUACAACUACAAGGCGAUGUCUAACCUGGUUUAGAAUAUACUGGGCGAACAUGGUCUUGUACACCACCUCGACAAGUGGCGCGUUCGCAAAUAUCAAUACAGAUUUCCCAGAGGAUAUUACAACUCUCAUGGUGGCAUCAUAUUUUGGACUUGCAAAUGUUGUAAAACUCAUCCUCGAGUCGGAUGAUAGCAUCGACAUAAACUCCAAGGAUACCAAACACGAGCGGUCAGCGUUGUCUUGGGCGUCAGGGAAUGGGAUCGCUGUUGUUAUCAGGGCUCUGUUGAAGGAGCCCCAUCGCGAUGAUAGUUGGUUCCCAUCAAAAAGUGAAAUCCACGGAGAUUCUAUGGACAAUCACGAAGAGCGUGAUGACAAUUACACACCACUGUUGCGUGCAAUACAAGAUGGACAUGAAGCGGUAGUCCAGUUGCUAUUGGACAAGGGCGCGGAAACAGAAAUGAAAGAUAAAUCCGGCUAUACACCAUUAUGGCGAGCAGCAGAUUGUGGGUGUGAGGCAGUAGUCAACAUAUUAGUGGACAGAGGCGCCAACAUGGAGGCGAGGGACCAGAGAACCAACAUGACGCCACUUUUAAAAGCAGCACAAAAAGGACAUGAUAAAGUAGUCCAUUUGCUGAUAGAAAAGGGUGCAAAAAUAGAGGCACACGAUAGAUCUUUUCGGACACCGCUAUUGUGGGCCGCACAGGAAGGACAUGAAGCAGCGGUCCGAGUAUUGAUAGCCAAGGGUGCUGACAAAAAAGCAAAAGAUAAUAUAUCCAGAUACACGCCGGCGAUAUGGGCCAUGCACAAUGAGCAUAAGGCAGUGUUUGAGCUGCUGACAGAUAGUAACGGCCACGAGCCAUUAUUGUGGGCUGCACGAAACGGAUAUACAGCGGAGGUCCGGAGACUAGUGGAUAACGGGGCAAAUUUGGAAGCAAAAGAGGAUAAAAAUGAUCGUACAGCACUCGCCUUAGCUACAAUGAACCAAUAUAAAUCGGUGAUCAAGAUUUUAUUGGAUAAAGGUGCAGAUACGAAUACAAGGGAUAAAGGUGGUCGUACACCAUUAUCAUGGACCGCAGAAAAAGGAUAUGAAGCGAUAGUCCGAUUGCUAGUGGAUGGAGGCGCGGAUAUAGAAGGAAGGGACAGUGAUGUUUAUAGUUAUACCCCACUGUUGUGGGCUGCACAAGAAGGACGUGAAUCAAUAGUCCGAUUCCUCCUAGAAAGAGGGGCGAACAUAGAAGCAAAAGACGGCAAACAAGGGCGCACAGCAUUAGUGUGGACUUCGAUCUAUGAACGUGGUGCAAUGACCCAACUAUUACUAGACUCGGGUGCAGACGUUGAAGCCCAAGAUAAAAGUGGUCUUACGUCAUUAUUUUAUGCUUCGGAGAGAGGAUAUGGAUCAGUAGUCCAGCCGCUGUUGGAUAAAGACGCGAAUAUCGAGGUCAAGGAUAAACUUGGUCGCAGCAUGCUAUCACGCGCUGCAACAAAAGGACAUGAGAAAAUUAUCCAAAUGCUGGUAGAUAAAGGUGCCAAUAUCGAAGAGAGAGAUAAUGGCAAUGCCAAUUUCGGUUUCACACCUCUUUUAUGGGCUGCACAGGAUGGACGUGAGUCAUUCACUAAUGAAAUUAUGAAAAUCAAAAGGAAGAAACCGUUUGACACCGUUAUCAUGGGCGUCAAGGAAUGGCCACGAGGGGAUAGUUCGGCUGCUACUAGACAAGGGCGCAAAUAUGGAAACGAAAGAUAA